AUGACUUACGAAGGUACGAGGUCAACAAACCCACCGAGUUAUUCACCUGCGAGUCAACGGAGCCGUUACUCUCAGCCCAAUCUGCCGACUUUGUUAAUUCCUUACAGCGAUAUUAAUCGAUCUAGUGUGUCUACUGAUCGACGGAUACGGAUGUCGCAGCCUACUUUAAACUCCAGCUUCUCAGGAAUGAGUUUUACUAGUAUGAAAGGUCAUCGUUUGUCUUACUCUAGUCUCAGGACCUCUGGUGAUAAUAGUAUUAAUCUACCACCCCAAGAGGAACGUCUCUCGAUACCUAAUGUUCACUCAAUGCAACUUGGUGACAAUGUCAAGUACUACGGUGGACAUCGUGGCUCGCGUCUCUCCCAACCUGAUAUUCGUCGGAUGCUAAGAGCGCCUGAUCCAAAUAAACGUGAGCGGCUUUCACAACCUACUCUAGUAACAGGUGAUUACUAUCCGCCGCGUAUGCAGCAUCAGAGGUUAUCACAGCCUUGUUUAUUAACCACUUGGAACGAGAAACCUGUUGGAUUGUUGUCUCCGAUUAAACAAAAACGUUUUGGCCCGGCGGUUAAAAUUAGUCAACGCGAAAGACUGUCUCAGCUAGACUUUGGAGCGAGAUUUCAUCAUAAAGAGACUAAAACUAAUCGCGAUCGGUUUUCGAUACCUGAACUAGAGACGCAGAAUGAUUUAAAACUUAUUGCUGGGUCUCCAAAGCAACGGUUCAGUCUUGACAGUCAAUUGAAUCCAGAUAACCGUGUAAGAAGAUUGCUGCCAAUAGCCAGUUCCCCAAUUUUUGAACAUGGAUUUGGCAAAGAUGGUAAAAAUGGACAUUUACAUACUGAAGGACUAGAGAGUGUAAUUGUUGCUACAGCAACUCCUCUGAUGCCUUCAGCGGAUCGACAAUUUCUUGCGCCUAUUCUGAAAACUCCAAUCGGUCCUUUACCUAAUCUACCAAUUCCUUUGGUAACUUCUCCACGUGAGCGAAUGUCUGUGCCGGAAAUACGAAGUUCUAGUUUGCGAAGACUGCUCGAUCCUCCUUCUAAACAACGACACAGCAUCGCUGGUCUGCGUCAGCCGUUGGUUCACCAAGAAACUAGCCAAGAAAAUGAAGAAAAAGACGGAGGAGUUGAUCCGGUAAAGAAACCGGUAAAAAUUGAACUGGAAAAAAUGGAUGAACAAGCUGAAAUAGAAGACACCAUCAUCCAGCCUAAACAUAUUCAAAGACACUUCUCGUAUACUUAUGACACGAAAGACGAGCCUGCGGAAGUAAUAGGUAAGCUCAGUGUUGCAUUACCGAGAAAAAAGUAUUUAGAAAGUAAUUUCGAUGAGAACGAGCAAGUUAUUACAACAGUUAUUGAAACUGAGAUACCUAUGAUAUUAUCUAGUCCAAAGUAUAUGAAGAAAACUCAUGUAUACGCCAGCGAAGCGCCAAAGUGGAUGAAAAAAUGCCUCGAGAGUCCGAGUAAGAAACCUGAGACGGAAAAAAGUCACGUGUUAAAGCUUAAUAACCAACGCAAUACUCUAAAAACUAAUAAGAGUCCAGAUAAAAUAACUAAAAAGAAAACAACUUCACCUUCGAAAAAUGUUGCGCGCAAGAAUCCAGGUAUCAAGGAAAAUAUUAUGGAUGUUACGUCUUCAGUGACUUCGGUUAUCAUCGACGAGUGUAAAACAAGUCCCAAGGAUACUUGUGUAAGAAUCAAGUCAUCGGGAAAUGGAGAAAAUAAAUAUGAAGUUGCUAUUAAUUCAGAUUGGUCUGAAACGGAUAUUUGUAGAUUGUAUGGAAUUGAUUGCGAUACAGACAGUGAAGAUUCAACUUCAGUAUAAAAAUAUAUAUCAAAUAUGUGUAUAUUUACUU